GGCAGGCCCUCCCCGAGCUCCCGCCGGACGUCACUUCCCGCCCGGCGGGGGAUCUCCACGCCCGGGGGCUCGCGGUGCGCUCGGCCCCCAGCCGGGUCCGCGGACGGCGCGCGGGGCCCGGGAGACGCGCCGCGCCUCAGCGCGCCUGCGCCGCCGAGCCGCCCACGUGACCCGCGGCCAUCUUUCCUCCCGGCGACGACUUCCCCCUGCCCCACUGCGCAGGCGCGGACGCGGGCGUGAGCCGGGGCCGCCCCGCAGCAUGGCCGCCGCCUGGCUGCGGGCCGCGCUGGCCUCGGUCGCGGAGCCUCUGCUGCACCUGCGCCGCGCGGCCCUCGCCGCCUUCCCGCCGCCGCCGCCCGGCCCGCCCGGCCCCCUCGGCCCCCUGGGCCCGCAGCCCGCGCUGGGCUUCAAGAGCAAGGUGUCCCUGCGCAAGCGCUGCCGAGACUGCUACCUGGUGAAGCGGCGCGGGCGCUGGUUCGUGCUCUGCAGGACCCACCCCCGGCACAAGCAGAGGCAGCUGUAGCCGGGCCUGGGGUGGGGGGAGGAAGGGCCCGCCCGGCCCCCCCCACCCCCGGGCUCCCG